AGCAGUAGUGAGGCUAGUGCUCCCUGACUGACAGGUAUCGGUGGUUUGUCCGCGAACCAUAUGAAAGUUUAGUGGAAUAAAGAAAGAAUAAUGAAUAUGUGCUUCAUAGCUAUGCUGUAGCAACGUUUGUGUCGCAUACUGUGAAGCCCAUUUCGUGUAAUUAGCCCACCUAGUAGGCUAGUGUACAGUUAGCUAGCAAGUCAGCUAACGACAACGUCAUUAUAAGAAAAUCGGCAACAAACGCGGCGGUCAGUUGACCAAAAAGAAGGUGCAGUUGCUGUCAGUGUCUACGAAAUAAAACCACCAGGAACACCAGAAUGAAUGUCGCUAAAAGUGGUUAUCGUGUCUUUUCCGCAAACUCCUCCGUAGCGUGCACAGAAUUGGCCAAGAAGAUAACAGAGCGCCUGGGAGUCGAACUGGGAAAGUCUGUCGUCUUUCAAGAGUCUAACAGAGAGACGAGAGUGGAUGUAAAAGAAUCUGUUCGUGGACAAACUAUCUUCAUCAUCCAGACCAUACCAAGAGAUGUCAACACAGCCAUCAUGGAGCUGCUGGUUAUGGCCUACGCCCUCAAGACCUCUUGUGCAAAGAACAUCAUUGGAGUUAUUCCUUACUUCCCCUACAGCAAGCAGUGCAAGAUGAGAAAGAGGGGCUCAAUAGUGUGCAAGUUGUUAGCUUCAAUGUUGGCUAAAGCAGGGCUAACACACAUCAUCACCAUGGACUUACAUCAGAAAGAGAUCCAGGGCUUCUUUAGCUUUCCGGUGGACAACUUGCGUGCCUCCCCUUUCUUGAUUCAGUACAUCCAAGAAGAGAUUCCUGAUUACAGAAAUGCCAUCAUUGUGGCAAAGUCCCCAGCAGCAGCCAAGAGAGCUCAGUCCUAUGCAGAGCGCCUGCGUUUGGGUCUGGCUGUGAUUCAUGGCGAGGCUCAGUGUUCAGAGUCUGACAUGGCUGAUGGAAGACACUCCCCACCGUGUGUACGCAACACCACAGGACACACAGGACUGGAGCUACCCUCAGGCAAACAACAAGCUCCGUUCCCCGGCAUAGAGCUUCCAAUGAUGAUGGCCAAGGAGAAACCUCCUAUUACUGUAGUCGGAGACGUGGGAGGAAGAAUUGCCAUCAUUGUGGAUGACAUUGUAGAUGAUGUAGGAGACUUUGUUGCAGCUGCUGAGAUCCUGAAAGAGAGAGGAGCUUAUAAAAUUUACAUCAUGGCCACACACGGCUUGUUGUCUGCUGAUGCCCCACGCCUCAUAGAGGAGUCUGCCAUUGAUGAGGUGGUGGUGACCAACACUGUCCCCCAUGAAGUGCAGAAGCUACAGUGUCCAAAAAUCAAGACUGUGGAUGUCAGCAUGAUACUGGCUGAAGCCAUCCGCCGUAUCCACAAUGGGGAGUCCAUGGCCUAUUUGUUCCGCAACAUCACUGUGGACGACUAGAGGAGUGAAGUGUAAAUGAGUGAGGCUGAGUCGAGUCUGAUAGUGACUGAGGGCAGGUGCACUUCUGCUCCUUCCUGCCCAUUGUUGUCAAAACAUGCUAAUGUCAUGUUCCGUGUGUUGUGCAUGUCAGGAUUAUGUGUAUCUUAAUUAAUUUAAAGAAACCGAAAUUCUAACAAUUACCCAAAGUUAUUUAACUCCUUACUAAAAGCUGCAAAACUAUUUAUUUUAAGAUUAGAAAUGCAUCUUGUUCUUGUUGAGAAAGGAUUAUAAAACAGCAAACAAGUGACUGAGCUUUGAUGCAUUACUUAAUAUUUCGAUGCCUCAGUUCUUCUUCGUUUUGCUGCUCUCACUGAUUUUCCAACUUGAGCAAAAGAUGCUAUUUUGUCAUAUACUACGGUACCUCAUAUGAUGACUGAGCUUCAAUUUCAAAAAAGAAGAGGAAAAUGUCUCCAGUAACAACUUUACUUGCAAUUUUUCCCGACACUCUUGCUGGCCCUCAUGAUCAGGGCUGCUUAGCACUGUGACUAUCUUGCAUUUAAUGGGGCGCGUUGUUUCCAACCACAUAAACAAGGCAGGACAAACUCCUGCUUAUUGGUGCCCAAACUAUAUUUUUAUGCACUUUUUUUGCACCAUUUGUGGGAAUGUUUGGACGUUUGGUAGGAUGUCCUAUGCAGUGUGAAAGGUUUCUCAACAACUGCAAAAAUAAAUUGGUUGUUAUUUACCUUGUAUAUAUUAGAGGAUCAGUUCAAUUAAAUUAUAACAAAACGUAUUUUUUAGUAGUGCUGUAUCUCAAAGUAUCAAAAUACUUGAUUUGGAAUAACUGAAAAGUGGUUUCCAUCAUAUUUUAGCUUUGGUAGAGUAGUUCUUAUUGAAAACUUCUCACUUCAAGGUCUGUGGGUGCCCCGAGUAACUGGGAUAUAGUUCAUGGGAAGGCACUCUACUGUUCAGUUUUUCAAACUAAAUGUUUAAAUGGUUUGAACACCACAAAUAAAUUUCAAUUCAUCUCCAUUGUUUUGCAGAAGCCUAACAGUGCAUUGUUGUUUUUGGAUGAACUGACCCUUUAAUAUUUUAUAUCUCUCUAGCAACUAACUAGUCCAAUGCUGUGCUUAUUUUAUCUGGCUGAUAGUAACUUUUGUCACACUUCACAUGAAUAACAUACAUUAUACAGCUAAAAGGAGGACCAUCAGGGUUUCCAGACAUUUUAGCCAAUUUACUACACAUGACAAAUAUUCAGCAUUACUGCUAACUGUUUUUCAAAGUAGAUCAUAAUCAACCAGCAGGAAGUUUUCGGUUUUUUGUCUUGGUUACAAUAUUGUUGUGUGGUGAUGUGACUGAAAGUCUGCUGGUCUGCUAGUCUGGAGGGCUAUACCAAUAAAGGUUAUUAUAAUGUGUUACCUACUGUAUAUUGUCCAUGUUGAAACAGUUAUCUUACUUGGAACAACCUAAACUAUUGUCCUAACAUUAUAAAUGCAAGCAGCAGUCAAGUUCUCAUUCUCCUUUGAAAAAAUAGUUUUCCCUCUAAGUUUAAUUUUCAAACAGUAUGGCUCAUGAAUCCAUGAAUUUCAACAAACAACUUUGAAGUCUUGAAACGUCAGUUUUCUACCAGCACAUGAAUGUAGACUAUGAAUUGAUCCAUGCUUUCAGGAGCAUUUCUUUGCAACAAUCACUUAAAUUGUUUUUUAGCCACACUAGCAAUGUGGCUCUAGGGAUGAUCUCCCUGUCUGUAUAUAAUGAAUUAUUUGAUGGAUUGCAUUGAAAUUUUGUACAUACAUUCAUGGUCCCCACAGGACGAGUUCUAAAAGUUCAUUAUCCAGUACUUAAGUUCAUGACCAAAUACCUGGAAAAUUAAUGACAUUCGAUUAUUGAAUACAUUUCAAUUAGCCUCAGCUGUAGUUUGAGUUUGGUGCUAAUUACUGUAACAAAUGUUAGCAUGCUAACAUGCUAAACUAAGAUGGUACAUGCUGGUGAUGAAACAUCAACAUGCAUGUUGGUAUGCUGCUGAUAUUAGCAUUUAGCUCAAAGCACCGCUGUGCUUAAGUACAGCCUUAUAGAGCUGUUAGCAUGGCUGUAGACUAUUAACAUUUUAAUACUGUACUAAAGUGAAUGGAAACCAUUUGCUGCCAAGAGUACAAGAUGUGCACACAAAAAAUAAAAAUAGCCAGCAGUAACAUAGAAUAUGUGCAGUUUAUAGUAAAUUGGCAAGAACACCAGCAUGGUCUUGAUGUUCUGUGAAUUGCUAUGGUCUCUCCCUAUAAAACAUUGAAUAAGCGCACCUUUUUGAGCUGUCAGAGUAGAUUUCAGAGUGAUGCUCAAGGGGAUAUUAGUGUAUUUCUAUGCUCAUUGAGUCUUUUGCUCAGGGAAAUAUACUUUACUAUAAGCCAAUGCACAAUCAUUUGUCUUUGUGUUCUUGAUGGUGUGUUCCUGUUUCACAGGUUGAAAAAUGUUUGUUAAGAAUGUCUUCCAUACAGCAGUACUGUACGCCUUUGCUUUUUACCAUUUCUUUAGUUUAGUUAUAGACACCGGAUGUCUUCAGUGAUAUGCUAACUGAUGGGUAUGUGACAGCUAUAGAUGCUCAUGCUGGUGUUGGGUUGGCACCAAGUUGCAGGUUGUCUGUAUGAAAUGCUUUUGCUAUGCCAGCUCGGAUCCAUAUCUGUCAUUAGCGUAUGUCAUGAUGUCCUCUCUGUAUUCACUGUUCCCAUGACUUAUCUUUCAGAUGCUGGGGAAUGACAAUUUGGACAGUGAUCAGACCUCAUUGUCUGGCACUACAGUGUUUGUCAAUGUGUAUGAAAAUAAAGGAAUUAUAUUAUU